AUGGAAAUUAUCGUAUCUAUAUUCUUGUUGUUUUUGGGUAUUGCAAUGUUGGUCAUAAUUCAUAUUUGUAUAGUUGGGAGGGCAUUUAGUAGAGGUUUUGAGACUGAUGAUUUCCCAAUUAUUAAGGGUGCAGGAAUGACAAUUAAAGACCUUAAGAAACUACCUUGUUUUGAGUAUAAACAAGGAGAGGAGAAAGCUACUUCUGCUGCUGCUGCUGAUGCUGCAACAAUUAUUGAUUGUGCUGUUUGUUUGGACAGUUUUAAGGUUGGUGAUAAUUGCAGAAUUCUGCCUAAUUGUCACCAUUACUUUCAUGUUCAAUGUGUUGAUGCUUGGCUCAUCAAAACACCCUUUUGUCCAAUUUGUCGAAGCUUCUCCAAGUUGUUGCCUAAAGUUGCCUCGAAUAUAACCGAAGCAGGAAUGGAUCCAUCAAUCCAUGUCGCGGAUGAUGUGGUAUGA